GCAGCUCCCCGCGCCGUGGCCAUGCGGGGCCUGGCGGGCUGCUGGGCUGUGCUGGUGGCCCUGGGCGACUGGCUGUGGGUGGGCGGCGUCGUGCCGCUGGCGGACUUCUACCCCUUCGGGCCCGAGCAGGGCGACGCCGCCACGCUGAAGCAGGACGACGGCGGCUCCGAGCUGCAGCCCAUCUCCGUGCGCUUCCCCUUCUUCGGCGCGGCGCACACCGGGCUCUACGUUAACAACAACGGGAUCAUCUCUUUCCUGAAAGAGGUUUCCCAGUUCACGCCGGUCGCGUUCCCGAUUUCCAAGGACCGGCGCGUGGUAGCAGCCUUUUGGGCAGAUGUGGAUAACCGGCGGGCAGGCGAUGUGUAUUACCGGGAGAGCAAAGACCAGGCCAUCUUGGAGCGAGCGACCAAAGACAUUGCACAGUAUUUCCCCGAGUUCCCCGACUUCUCCGCGCAGUGGGUUUUCAUUGCUACCUGGUACCGAGUGACCUUCUUCGGGGGAAGUUCGUUCUCUCCAGUAAACACUUUCCAGAUAGUCCUCAUCACAGAUGGCAAGCUCUCCUUCACCAUCUUCAACUAUGAGUCCAUCACCUGGACCACGGGUAUGCACGCCAGCAGUGGGGGGGACUUUGCUGGGCUUGGCGGCAUCGCAGCUCAGGCAGGUUUUAAUGCUGGUGAUGGAAAGCGCUACUUCAACAUCCCCGGAUCUCGCACUGACGACAUCGCUGACGUGGAGAUGACGACAAAUGUGGGUAUCCCCGGGCGCUGGGUGUUCAGAAUCGAUGAUGCCCAGGUGCAAGUGGGGGGCUGCAGCAAUACAACCUCCGUAUGCCUGACGCUGCGGCCCUGCCUGAACGGGGGAAAGUGUAUUGAGGACUGCAUCACGGGGAAUCCCUCCUACACUUGCUCUUGCCUAGCAGGCUUUACGGGAAAGAGGUGUCAUAUCGAUGUGGACGAGUGCCUCUCCCACCCAUGUCAAAAUGGAGCCACCUGCCUCAACAACGUCAACAGCUUCAGCUGCUCCUGCCCUCCGGGCUUCAAAGGUGCCAGCUGUGAGAUCGAAGAGUCGCCGUGUGAAACCAAAGUGUGCCAGAAUGGCGGGAAGUGCCAGGUGGCAAAUGGGACCGCAGUGUGCUUGUGUCAGCCGGGAUACACAGGAGAAGACUGCGAGACAGAGGUGAACGAGUGCGAUUCCAGCCCGUGCCUGAAUGGCGGGCACUGUGUCGACCUGGUCGAUAACUACACGUGCGUGUGCCUGGAGCCCUUCGUGGGACAGCGCUGCGAAAUAGAUCCUUCCUCCUGUGAGGAUCGGAGCUGUAGGAACCGGCAGACGUGCAACUACAUCCGUCCCGGGCGCUACAUUUGCACGUGUUCCCCGGGUUAUUAUGGCAACAACUGCCAAUACGGUGGGCCCAGGGUGCCCAGUGCUUGCCUCUCCAACCCGUGCCAGAAUGAGGGCAGCUGCCUGGAAAUGGAGCAGGGCUACGUCUGUGAAUGCCGGGAGGGCUACACUGGGCAGGACUGUCGUGACAAGCUGUCCGAGGGCUGCGAGUGCCGCAAUGGGGGCAGCUGUCUGGAGGGGAACGUCACCAUCUGCCAGUGCCCACCGGGAUAUUUUGGUCUCCUCUGUGAAUUCGAAGUGACCGCCACACCGUGCAAUGUGAACACGCAGUGUCCGGACGGCGGGUACUGCAUGGAGUAUGGCGGGAGCUACCUGUGCGUGUGCCACACUGACUACAGCACCAACCACACGAUGCCAUCCCCCUGCGACUCAGAGCCCUGCCUGAACGGGGGCUCCUGCGAGGUUCAUGACGACUCAUACACCUGCGAGUGUCCUCGAGGCUUCCUCGGCAAGCACUGUGAGAAAGCCAGGCCGCGGCUCUGCAGCACCGCGCCUUGUCGCAACGGGGGCACCUGCAAGGAGGCCGACGGCGAAUACCACUGCGCCUGCCCCUACCGCUUCACCGGCAAGCACUGCGAGAUAGGUAAACCGGACCCCUGCGCCUCGGGGCCCUGUCAGAACGGGGGCACCUGCUUCCACUACAUCGGCAAGUACAAGUGUGACUGUCCCCCUGGGUACUCCGGACGGCACUGUGAGAUCGUGCCUUCUCUGUGCUUCCUGAGCCCCUGUGAAAAUGGUGCUACCUGCAAGGACCUUGGUGGGGACUAUGCUUGCGCGUGCCCCGUGGGCUACACGGGGAAGCACUGCCAGUCUGAGAUCGAUUGCGGUGUCCCCAACGAGGUGAAGCACGCCCAGGCCUCCUUCAACUCCACCAAGGUGGGCUCACUGGCCGAAUACCAGUGUGAGCUGGGCUACACCCUCAGCCAGCACAACAACCCCCGCGUCUGCCGUUUGCAGGGUGUUUGGAGCGACCCACCAGAGUGUGAUGAGAUUGAUGAGUGCAGGUCCCAGCCCUGUCUGAACGGUGGCCUGUGCAAGGACCGCAUUGCCGAGUUCCUGUGUGUGUGUGAGCCAGGAUACACAGGCCACCACUGUGAGUUGGAAAUCAAUGAAUGCCAGUCGGACCCCUGCAAGAAUGGUGGGACCUGCAAGGACCUCCCAGGGUCCUUCAUGUGCGACUGUCCCGAGGGCUUCGUGGGGACCCAGUGCGAAACAGAAGUGGAUGCCUGCGAGUCAGGCCCUUGCCAAAACGGAGGGGACUGUGAGAGCUUUGGAGGUUCCUACCUGUGUGUUUGCCCAGAGGGUUUCUUCGGCUAUCACUGCGAGACAGCAAGCGACCCUUGCUUCUCCAGCCCGUGUGGGGGCAGAGGCUACUGUCUGGCCAGCAACGGGAGCCAUAGUUGCACCUGCAAAGUGAGCUACACAGGCAAGAACUGCGAAAAAGAAUUGCUGCCACCAACCUCAUUAAAGGUGGAAAGGGUGGAGGACACUGGUGUGUUGAUUUCUUGGCACCCGCCUGAGGACGCAGUCGCCAGGCAACUGAUUGACGGCUACGCCGUGACGUACGUAUCCUUCGACGGCUCUUACCGCAGGACAGAUUUUGUGGACCGAAGUCGUUCUGCCCACCAAUUGCGGGCACUAGCCUCCGGCAGAGCCUACAAUAUUUCUGUCUUUUCAGUCAAACGCAACGUGAACAACAAGAAUGAUAUCAGCAGGCCUGUCAUGCUCACCACGCGCACUAGACCGCGUCCGGUGGAAGGCUUUGAGAUCACGAACGUGACGGCCAGCACCAUCACGGUGCAAUGGGCUCUCCACCGGCUCAAGCACUCCACUGUUAGUAGGGUGCGUGUCUCCAUCCGCCAGCCUGGUGACCUGGAAGACCGCACCGUGGAGCUGAACAGCAGCGUGGCCAAGUACACCUUCCUGGACCUGCAGCCAGGAGAGAGGUACAUUGUCCAUGUGACGACGCUGAGCGGCCUGGGGACUGAAGAUCACCCCUCAGAGAGCCUGGCCUCAGCCCCCUUCCACGUGUGGACAAGACCUCUCCCCCCAAGAAACCUCACUGCCUCCCGCGUCAGCGCCACUUCCGUCUACAUGACGUGGGAGCAGCCGCCUGCCGGCGCCGUGGAGGGGUACAUCAUCAAUGUCACCACCGCCCAGAGCGUCAAGAGCCGCUACGUGCCCAAUGGGAAGCUGGUGUCCUACACCGUGCGGGACCUGCUCCCCGCGCAGAGGUACCGCCUGUCCGUGACGGCUGUGCAGAACACGGAGCAAGGCCAGGUGCACAGCGAACCCAUCCACCUCUACGUCACUACCUUGCAGAGGGAUGGGACUGCAGAAAGACGAUGGAGCCAAGGCGGACAUCCUCGGGUCCUGCGCAACAGGCUGCCCCCAGCCUUCCUGCCUGAGCUCCGCUUACUGGCAGACCACGACACGGCUGAGGAGCCCUCGCCAGCCCCCAGGUUCACCGAGCUGGUGGAUGGCAGAGGGAGGAUCAGCGCCAGGUUUGGCACUUCACUGAGCAAACCCAUCACUGUGAAGACACAGCCCGAGGCUCCAGUGAAGCUGGAGAACAUGGAGGAGUCCAACCAGGGCAGCCAAGCGCUGCAGCUGCUCGAGGCAAAGAGCAAGAGCGACGGGCAGAACUGCUCCGCGAAGCCCUGCAGGAACGGAGGCACUUGCGUGAGGGGUGCCGAAUCCUACCACUGUGACUGCAGGCCCAGCUUCAAGGGCAGGCACUGCGAGCUCGCCUGCAAGAAGGUGCCACACUCGUGCACGCGGCUGUACUCGGAAACCAAGUCAUUCCCCGUGUGGGAAGGAGGCAUCUGCCACUACCUGUACAAGAGAGUCUACAAGGUACACCAGGAUAUCUGCUACAAGGAGAGCUGUGAGAGCACCGGUUCCAAGAAGACAACCAGCAGGAAACAAAGCCACAGUCACACACUGAAGAAGCCAUAGAGGCUCAAAGCAGUAGGAGCUUCGUCUUUCCACAUCUACAGGCUUUUGAAACACCAGGAAGAUCAGCUCUGCUCACUGGGUUGACCGCAGCAGGGGUGGGGUGGGGGGGGAACCUUCCUACCUGGCGUCAGACCUCCCUCUCCUCCAGCCUGUCAGGGACACGCAGCCAGACCGGCGCGCCGAGCAGCCGCUUCCUUCCCUCCGCCUGGAGCAGCAGCGCCUUCGCUCUGGCUUGCCUUGUCCCGGACACCUCCCUGCCCCGCCACCACCACCACCACCCCCUCCAAACACACACACACCCCGAGGA